AUUUGGUCAGCAAAAACGGUCGAAGUUCUCUCUUUCCUCUCGCCUUCCUUGAUCCUUUUUAGUUCCCUUCUUCUCAUUGCUCUUGAGACCAUCUCUGAACUCAUCGGAAAUCAAACAGUUCUCGUAAAGACAGAAACAGAAGAAUGGAAGUGAUGAGCUUAAACACUCCAUCUUCGCAAAGAAAAUUCUCUGGCUGCUUCUUAAGCGCACCAACAAGCCCACGAAGAAUCACAGAGUGGUACAGAGAGUACGAGGAGGAGGCAAAACGAAACUUCUUCGAACAUUCUUUAAUUCCUUUCGACUGGGAAGAGAUUCCAGGCACUCCGAGGAAGAUAGCUAAGAAUGAAGAAGAUACUGUGAAUGAUUUUGCCUUUGAGAUCGGUGAUAAAUCUGAGACGAGGUCGCUUUCCGCAGAAGAGCUCUUUGAUGGAGGCAAAAUCAAACCCUUGAAGCCUCCUCCGUAUUUGCAGUUUGAUAAUCAACAGUUUCAAUACGAGGUCUUAUCUCCAGUUUCUUCUCGAACUCCAAGAUCACCUAUUGCUCAUGGCAAGGACAUCCUCCGCAAAGCUUUUUCGCCAAGAAAGAAACCUGUAGAUGUAGAUCCGUUUGAGGUCGCCCUAGAUAACACUCGCAAAGAUGUCGGUGAGGAAAGAGGGAGAGGGAGGCAUCAGAAUUCGAGCCGUAGAACCGCUCGAUCGCUUUCUCCUUUUCGGGUUUCGGCUUAUCCAUGGGAAGAACAAGAACAGACAGAGGUACAAGGUCAUGAACAAAGAAAAGGCUCCUUCUCUUCUAUACAGUCUACAUCUUCAUCAACUUGCAUGUCAUGCAAGUCAUCAUCUUCCUCAAAGAAAUGGAGGCUAAAGGACUUGCUUCUUUUCCGUAGCGCAUCGGAGGGAAGAGCAAGCCACAACAACAAAGAUUUCGUGAAGUCGGUUUUGGGUUUGUUCAGGAAACAAGAAGACAGCAAGACCUCGAGUUCUACAGGAAGAGGAUCACCAUCCAUUUCCGCCCAUGAAUUCCAUUACAUAGCUAAAAAGGCAGAAGCAAAAGGUUUGAAGAAAAAGACUUUCUUGCCUUACAGGCAAAUAGGAAGAUUCUCCUUCUAAAUUAUAAUAUUAUUUGAUUGAUUCUUUGAAGGCCAAACCCAAAAUGAUUAUUUUGUUUGUCUAAUUACAUGUUCUAAAGAACACAAUUACUUCUUCUCUCUUGCCUGGUUGAUGUGUUUCGGAAGCUAGUAAAAUGAACAUUAAUCAUUUGAGUUUAUUA